AUGGCCGACUCACAAAGCGGCAUUAGUCCCCGAGACGAUCCGCCUCCAUACGAAGAAGCCCUCAACAUGCUGAAUGAUCGGGAACAACUUUUAGUGGUCGAGACGUCCAUGUUUUGUGGCGCCUCAGAGCAUGAAGUCAUUGCUGGCCAGACUAAUCCUUCUGCCAUCAGAGAACUUAUCCACACGGCCAUCGAAAUUGCCGCCUCCCUUGCAGAUCCACAAGACAAUACCUCCCCGGCCGCGACAGAGGCGGCAGAAAAAAUGGGUGACGCUAUCACAGCUGCUGCCAUGGUCGUUGUCGACAUCGAAAACAAUUUGCCGGCUGCAACAUCACGACAGAUUACGACAGGUUCUAUAGAGGCAGCUCGCAUUGCUGCACUAUUAAAUAAAGAGGGGCCGUGUACUGCACGCACAUUUGUCAAUGGCCGUAUCAUGGCCAGCUACAUACAAUAUGCCUUUUCAAUAGGUCCAAAUUGCAAGGAGAAAUAA